AUGUCGUCGCAGAAGGUGAAAUUUAAAAAUGCUUGGAAAGGAUUCGCCUUUGACAGAAUCAUCGACGACCAACUGGAAGUUUUUUCCCCUGCUGAAGUUGAGGGUCUUGUGGUAAUCUCUGGAUGUGUGACCACUACACAGCCCAUGCAAAACAAGGAAAACUACGACCUUCGCUUGACCAACGAAAACGGCGUUUUAGAAUUGAAGUAUCGGCCCAGCCAGCAGCGGCGCUGGUUCCUGACGCCCAUUACGGUGUCCCGCUAUGAAGGGAUACGCCAAUGUGGCGCCAGUGCCUGGGUCAACGAGCAGGGCCAUGUCUACAUGCACUUCAGCAGGAACGCCAUUCCAAUGGUGGUGCACUUCUCUGGAUUUGCCUUCAGUAACAUGAGCCACGACGAUGGCAUCGAACUGAAAGAAGCUGACCCGAAGAAAGUGAAAUUCGAUGAGGAGGAUCCGCCCAGGGCGUACCCAUUGGGUGAUCUGGUGCUGUUGCAGGGCUGCUUCCAAGAAGCCAAACAUGGCAGCAGUGAGAAGGUGGCGCUGCUGCCUGAGGGUCUCCGUCCUAUCCGCGAGGUGCGGUGCCUGGCCCCGCUGCUGGUUAGCCCGGAUCCGCAGGCCAAGGAUCUGCCGCCUUCGGACUUUGUAGGGGUGGAGUCCAUUGCCGUUACGGUACAACCAGACGGUGGCAUCUAUGUGCAAGGCGGCUUUGUGUACAACAACGACAAGAAGGGUCACAUGCGAAAACUGCCGCAGAAGAAGAAGGGCAAGGUGUGCCUGGACGGCGUCCGCUUUCUUUCCACCGAGCACACGACGCCUGUGGAGGUCUGCAAGGCCGUGCAGCCCAAGGAGCUCCGCAACGGCGCCAAGGAGGCUGCGGUCAGCAGCUUGCUGCAGAGAGUCUCCGGAGGUCAAGCAAAGCGCAGUGCUGUGUGCAAGAAGCUGCCUGGCAACGUGGUGGUCCUGGAAGGUGCAGUGGACUGCGUGCGCCUGCGGAAUCCCAAGUUGGCCGUGGCCCGGCUCCCCGAGAACUGCCGUCCGCCGCAGCGCAUGUGUUUCUUCACGCGCGACCGUUCUGAGGAGCGCUGCCGCGUGGACAUCGACAAGUGGGGCCGCAUUUUUUGCCCUGAGUCCCCGGGGGCAGAUGGAGUGGAGCUGAGCGGCAUCAUCUUCGUUGCGAGUCCAUCGCCGGUGCAGGAGCAGCCGCGCGACUGGGAUUGGGAUGAACUAAACCUGCAGUAUGCCGCCGCCGAGGAGACACCUGGCAUGGCACACCGACUCGUGGACGAUCUGAUUCAGCGGUGCAACAAGCACGAGUGGGAAAGGUUCAAGGUCAAGAUCUAUCACCAUCUCCGGCUGCCUCUGGGAGAUUUGAAGCUCCGGGGCAGUGGUCGAGACCCCUUCAAUUUCGGAAACUACAACUUUGAACGGACAGCAUGGCGGCAAAUGGAGCAACCUUUGGGACAGAGAUGGGGAAUACGAACGCCACAGCAGCUGUUCCAAUUGCCCCAGCACAUGUUGGAGAAGGUUCUGGAUAACACCCCCAAGGUAAACCUGGACCCUAGAGACCGAAAGCGCAUUGUCGAGAUGUCCAUUUGGUAUCACAGAUCUUGGGAGGUCAAAAGACAGCCCGGCAUGACCUUCAAAUACUUGCAAGAUUUGGCCAUGGAGGUCGCAGAUGAGAUGUUUGAACGCUGGGAUUUCGAUGCCCAGGUGAAGGGGCUGCUGGAGAAUGAUUCGAAACCACCUGAGGCCUUGCGCAAGUAUUUUGGGGGCAGGAAAUACAAAGACCAGCCUGGCCAGAAGUAUUUGAAAGAGGAGGAGAAAGAAAAGUUCGAGACGAUCCGACAAUUCUUCUACUACCAUGAAACCAAUGGCAAUAGCAUGACUCACUGCAGUCUGAAGGGAUGCUCGGAUACCUUCACCAACACAGGAAAAUGGUUCUUUCCCGAUUCUCGCAGCAUUCAGGAUGAACUCUUCCAGAGCAUCGCGUGGCUUUACGAGCGCAACAUCUUUCACUACAUCUCAGAAAGGCAAACUGCGAGAUUUCCCUUUAUCGAGGACUUUGACAUCCAGGCAGAUGUUGAUUAUGUACCAACACCCGAGGGUCAAGAGAGACCAAAUCCUCCGGACGAAUUGAUUAUGAACAAGCCGACGCGUCAAGGUGACAAGGUCUUUGGCGACCCUGGUGAAUUGAUGCAACGGCGCGCCUCGUGUAUACGGAAACUCUAUUCCGACAUUGACGAUUUGAGAUGUUUGGUGUACAGUGCCAGUGGCUUCAACAAGGGCAAGGAUAAACUGAAGACCUCCUUCCAUUUGGUGUGGCCUCAGCUGGUGGUCGAUUCCGAUAGUGCUCCCUGGCUGCGAGAGAUCACUUUGAUGAUCUUCAAAGAAGAGUCUGCGAAGCCUGGGUCCUACCUGGCUGAACUGCAGAGGACGUUGCUGAGUUUGGAGAAGGGCGUUCCUGCGGACGAAGGCAACAUUUGGUCCAACGUCUUUGACAAGACGACCAUCAACGCCACGAAUGGACUGCGCCUACCGUACAACGACAAAGCUUCGAUGAAACCCACCCCAGAGGAGAAGAUUCGGAUCAAGAAUGGUGAGGUCAGCAAGUCGGCGGCGAAGAAGGUUCGCGUCAUCGAAGGACGUCCUUCCAAAGCCAUUGGUGAAAUCAACUUCAAAUUUGAGAAAAGCAGGGAAGGACAAGACAGGUUGGUUGAAGCCAAAUGGGUCGCAGAUACGCAGAGCAGACCCUUAUGGGAGUGGAUCCGGGAUGGCUCCUGUCGAAUUGAUGCCAACGAUGCUGAAAGAACGAUGCUGACACCCAUGCACCCCACGGAGGAAGCGAUGAAGCUCUUCAAGAAGUGGAAGAAGAAUGAUAAGUUUGCAAGGAAAGAAGGUGCGCGAUACUUCUGGGACCAGGAGAACGACGAGUUCGCCACACACGCGCCCUACACCAACAUCAAGCUGUGUCCCCUCAGUGUCAGUGCCUUCCAGGUUCUUUGGGACGACCAGCUUGGUGAAGAAUGUGAGGCUCUCAACGGAAGUCCUCAGCAGGACAUGGUGAAGCAGCUCGAAGGCCGUUGGAUUUUCAUCACAGAGACUCAAGCGGUUUGGAGGACCAACGCAAAAGCUCAAUUUGACUUCAAAAACCCGACCGACUAUUGGGGUCAAAAGAUGCGACAAAUGAAGCGCCCGGCUGAGCUGAUCUAUCUUCGCUUCACACCACCUGGGACGGAGGAGGAGAUUGGGAAGGUCAUCUUGGAUGGACCGGAAGAGAUUGUCUUGGUCUUGCUGCAGGUACUCGAAAUGGACGCCUUCAAAUGUGAGAAAGACGACCGUCCCGUCAUGCCGCUCUACGACGUGCGGCGUGACGACGACUGCCGCGUGUGCCGCGGUGCUGUGUCCGAAAACUCUGCCUGCGGGCACAGAGAUCUGGAGAAGAUCCAUAAAGGUCUGAAUGCCAUGAACUCCCGUUUGUCUGCGGACGAGCAAAAAUGUGAGUUGUCGGCAAAGGUCGAUGAUGAGAAGUUGAAGCUGCAGAAACAGCUGGAGGAGGUGAAAGCUCUGGCGGAGGAUCGCUGGAAGGAAGUGGAGACGAAACAAGCGGAGAAUGCCAGGCUGUCUGAAGAACUUCAGAAGCAGACUUUGGCACUGCACGAAAGUGCUCAAAACAAGUUCCAGUUGGAGGAGGAACGCAUGAGGCAUAGCGCUGCGCAGCAGGCGGCGCAGCAGCAGCUGGACAGCUCCUUGCGCUCCGCCGCGGAGGCGGCGCAGCGGAGCGGCGAGGUGGAGAAGGCAUUGAGCGAAACCAAGAAGGAGGUGGAGGCGCAAAGCAAACUUCUUGAAGAGAAGGCCCGCGGAGCGCAGGAGAUGGCCAGCGAGCUGGAGGCGGCUCGAGCGGAGGUGGAGCUCCAGAGAGAGGAUGCGCGACAAGCGCGUGAGGCCGAACAUCGAGAGAUGCAGCUCAAAGAGGCUGUUGAGCUCGAACUUCAAGAAAUGAGUGAGAAAUUGGCCUCUGAACGUGGCCACUUGGAGGAAUUGAUGAGAGAACAGAGUCAGAAAUUGCAGGUGGCCUCUGAGAAAUCUCAAGACCUCGAGGCGAAGUUGCAAGAAGCGCUUGUUCGGGCUCAGGAGGAAGCCGCCUCCAAGCUGAAUGACGCGGAGGAGCAACGGCAAAAACUGCAGAAAGAGGUGGAGGAGCUUCAAGGAAAGGUUGCUGCCCCAGCUGCGCAGCCGGCGCAGCCGCUUGAAGCGCCGGCGCUCGAAGCGCCGUCCUCCAAACUGCCCAUGGGCCAUGCAAAUUUGGCAGACCUGGUCUACGAAGCCACCACAAGCCGAGAGGAGGCGGUCAAAGAGAGGCACCUGCGAGAGCAAUACCAACAGGCCUUGGAAAGGGUGGAGAAAGAGUUUCAUCACCAUCAACCAGCGCUCAUGAGUCAACGUCAAGAGCUCCUGCGCUUGAAGUCGUUGACCACCAAGCUGACGCGGCAAAACGAAGGGCUCCUGGAACGCGCAGAACAGCUGCAGUGUCAGAGCGCAGAUGCUGAGGAACGCGCCAAAAAGGCGCAAGGUCGGCAGAGGAUUCUGGAAGAGCAUGUCCGUGCUGUGGCGGAGCAACUGACUGUGCUGAUGCACGAGAACCGCAAGUUGACUGGCGCCAUCCCUGCAAAUCCCAGAGAUUCGGAGGGCCACGAGACCAACAAACGCUCCUUUCGGACCAUUCAGGAGCUGGUUGAUCAAAACUUCUCCUUGCGACGGUCCAUUUCUCAGAUGCAGAGUGAGAGCAAAGGUGACGCCCAACCGCGGGAGCUCCAUCUGCUGCGCGAUCGCAACAACCAGCUGGAGACGAAGUUGACUGAGCAAGAAGCCAGACACGCCAGUCACCUCCAGGAGAUUGGUGAGAGAGUGAGUCAAUUGGAGCAAGAGAGGGACAAGGAGAAGGAGAAGCGAAAAGCCUUGGAGGCUGAGGCAGAGGCCGCACAAGGCUUGGCGUCUCCCCAGGCCGCCCCUGUGCCAGUGGAAGCCUGUUCCGAAGAGCUAGCGGAAGCACGGCAGGCUGCAGUACGCGCCGCGGAGGACUUUCAACAGCAACUGCAGAAGGCCAGACAAAGCGCCACGGAGGUGAAGAAACAGCUGGCAGGAGCUCAGGAGCAACUGGUGGCUGAAAGGCAAAACAAAGAGACGCUGCAGGCGAUGGUGGAAAGCUUGAAGGGUGAGAUUGAAGAAAAAAAGGAGCAACUGCAGAAGCUAGAUGAACGCGUGGCCUCCUUGCGAGACGACAAGCGACGGGAGGAGCUGCGAGGCAAAGAGCUACAGGCAGAAGUCUUCCAAGCCAAAAGCGAAAAACGCAGCUUUGAAGCUGAGCUGAAUGGCCAGAAAUGCAAGGUCUUGGGCUGGGAACAAAGCUGCGAAAACUUUCUGCAGGAGAACAGCAAGUUGCAAGAGCACAUCGUUCAAUUGCAAGCCAGGAUGGAGUGCGAGAGUAAGAGAAAGGAGGAGAUGAAGAAACAGCUGGAGGAGCAGCACCAAAAGACUGAAGCCUUGACGAAGAAACAGUUGGAUCUCUGCCAACAACGCUAUGAGGACUUGAUGCGCACGGCUGAGGAGAGAAAAGCCACAGCGGAAGCACAAAAAGUGGAGGCGGAUGAGGCCAAGAAGCGAAUCCUUGACCUUUCAGCCAAAGCCGAAAAGCUGGAGGCGAAGAUGGCACAGAUGGCACAAGAGAACCUGGCGCUGAAGGAGAGCAGCAGCUUCGCACGGCCACGUCGUGGGGUGGAGGUGGGUUUGCAGACCAUCUGGCAGGCAAACACGCCGAGUUGCAGCAGCAGCUCGUCGAUGCCACGGAGCAGCUCCAAGAGCAGAAGAAGAAGGAAGAGGAUUUAG